AUGCCGUCAAAGACUGCGUCCCGUCUAAGGAUUCCCAAAUGCAAGGGCGAGAGGCCGAACGAAGCGCUUGCAGCUCGUACAUCUUCAUGUACGCUGGAGUCCCGCCCCAUGGUAAUGGAAGGUGAUCGCUCACUGUCCACUCCCACUGGUCGCAAAACUCUUGUGGACUCCAGUCCUCGCUAG